AUGUCGGUAACUUCAAAGGCUCCCCCAGAAUUUGGCGUCUUAGCGUCAGCCUUUCUCAGCUCUCACAUACACUCCCCUAGUUUCCGUACUGUGGUUGUUCCGGUGUUUAUUCCAUCUAAAUCACUAGUGUUCCAUUGUCUCGUUUCCCUUCACAAGCAAUAUGCCCCACUGGUGUAUCCAUUCCAAAGACUUUUAUUCCAGAGCGUACCGUGUGAUAGCUCUCUCAUACCAUCACCAAGCUCCACUUGGUUUUCUUUCUAUCUUGCUUCGGUAUUUUUGUCACCCAUUAUUCUUCUACUUUUUGACUUAAUCUCCCCCUCGAAAAUUUAG